CAGGUGUGCGUGUGCCAAACUGCCAAACCCCUACGACUUCACUGCUCCUCUUCGCCGCUCACCAGUCACCGCCACACAACUCACGAGCCGACGCAGGCCCACGGCACCAUGGCCGCGGGAGCGCGCCGCCACGGCGUCUCCGCGGGCCUCCUCCUCGCCCUCUUCGCCGCCCUCCUGGCGCCGCUGGCGGACGCGCAGGGGCCAUGGCAGGAGUGCGGGAAAAGCGGCAACUACACGGCGAACAGCACCUACCAGGCCAACAUCCAGCGCCUCGCCGCCACGCUCCCCAAGAACGCUUCCCGGACCCUCUUCGCGACCGCCACCCUCGGGUCCGUCCCGGACAUCGUGUACGCGCUCACGCUCUGCCGCGGGGACGCCAACGCCACGGCCUGCGGGUCCUGCGUCGCCACCGCCUUCCAGGACGCGCAGCAGCUGUGCGCCUUCGACAAGGACGCCGCCGUCUACUACGACACCUGCUACCUCCGCUUCUCCAACCAGAACUUUCUCGCCACCACCAUCACCAACGACAACGACUUCAUCCUCAUGAACACGCAGAACGUAAGCUCGCCGGUGCGGGUCUUCGACGCCGCAGUCAGCUUGCUCCUCAACGCCACCGCCGACUACGCGGCGGUGAACUCGUCCAGGAGGUUCGCCACGGGGGAGGAGGGCUUCGACAGCAUCGACCCCACCAUCUACGGGCUCGCGCAGUGCACGCCGGACAUGUCGCCGGCCGACUGCCGGAGCUGCCUUGGGGAUAAAAUUCGAAUGAUGCCGCAGUACCUCAGCGGGAGGCAGGGCGGCAGGAUUCUCGGGAUGCGGUGCAAUUUCAGGUACGAGGUGUAUCCUUUCUUCACCGGCGGCCCGACGCUGCGGCUGCCAGCGCCGCCGGCCCCGGCGCCGGCGCCCGCACCGACUCCUCCGCCAUUUAACGUGACGCCGACGGCGACCCCACAAGGAAGAACGAGAGACAAAACAGGAAUUGUUCUAGCAAUUGCAUUGCCUAUAGUUGCUGCAAUGCUAGCUAUCACUAUGGUUUGUCUCUGUUUCUUGAGGAGGAGAAUACCAGCAAGAGAGCAUAUACCAUCUUAUUCAAAUAAUCCUGAGAACAUUGAAAACAUCGACUCACUUCUUCUUGAUAUAUCAACACUACGUGCUGCAACUGAUAACUUUGCCGAGAGCAAUAGGCUCGGUGAAGGAGGUUUUGGUGCAGUUUAUAAGGGUAUUCUUCCUGAUGGUCAACAAAUAGCAGUGAAGCGGCUCUCGCAAAGUUCAGGGCAAGGAAUACAAGAGCUGAAAAAUGAGCUUGUUUUGGUUGCCAAGCUUCAACACAAGAAUCUUGUUAGGCUUGUUGGUGUUUGCUUGCAAGAACAUGAGAAACUGCUUGUGUAUGAAUACAUGCCCAACAGAAGCAUCGACACCAUUCUUUUUGAUCAUGAGAAAAGUAAGGAGCUAGAUUGGGGAAAGAGAUUCAAGAUAAUAAAUGGAAUUGCUCGAGGCUUACAGUAUCUCCAUGAAGAUUCUCAGUUGAAGAUUAUUCACCGAGACCUCAAAGCGAGCAAUGUCCUAUUAGAUUCUGAUUAUACUCCUAAGAUUGCAGAUUUUGGCUUGGCUAGACUAUUUGGAGGAGAUCAAUCAUGGGAGGUCACAAAUCGUGUUGUCGGAACAUAUGGAUAUAUGUCACCAGAAUAUGCCAUGCGUGGCCAUUAUUCUAUAAAGUCAGAUGUCUUCAGCUUUGGCGUCUUGCUUUUAGAAAUCUUAACUGGAAGAAGAAGAAGCAGCUCCUUUAACAUCGAGCAAUCUGUUGAUCUCUCUUUUAACAUCGAGCAAUCUAUUGAUCUCUUAAAUCUGGUAUGGGAGCAUUGGAGCACAGGAACAAUUGUUGAGAUCAUUGAUUCAUCUCUGAGAGGCAAUGCUCCUGCAGAGAUGCUGAAGUGUGUUCAUAUCGGACUAUUGUGUGUUCAGGAUAACCCGGUAGAUAGACCGAUGAUGUCAACAGUAAACGUCAUGCUUAGCAGCGGCACUGUCUCUCUCCAGGCUCCAUUGAGGCCAUUGUUUUUUAUUCCCAAGAGCGGCGCCUACUCAAGGGUUUAUUCUGAAUCAUAUCCUACAGCUUCCCAGUCCACCGCUAAGUCAGAGGCCAUGUCAAUGAAUGAGGUGUCAAUUACAGAACUGGAACCAAGAUGAGUCCUGAAGUAAUUUGCAUGUUUUCAGGGCAAUUGGAUUGUUAUUAUAGCAAUAAACUUAGUGGGUUGCAGGCAAGGCCCUAUCAUUUGUAUAACUGAAUUCUGAGCUAUGUUUCCACUGCUGUAACAGUUAAGAAUAAAUCAAGAGCUAGAUCAAAUGGUCUCACUAGUUUGAGGUAGAUGAGGUUUGGACUAGCUUGGGAGUAUCACGAACCUGGUUUGGUUCAACCAUAUCGAAGAGUUGGGCAUAGAGGGCACGACUGGGUCAGGCCACCUUGAUGACGUUCUUGGAGGAGCCAAAACAGGGGGUUAGGACACCUGGUAUGGCUCUUUUAGCGCCGUCUGCAUUAAGAAACUAGCAAGGUGAUCUCACCGCAAUAUUUUAUCUCGACAAUAUUUGAUUAUUAAUCUCUUUAGAUUUUUUAUGAGGUUAGCAUUUUUUUAAUACUCUAAACUUGUACCCGUAUUGUAUAUAUGUAUUGGUUUGAUUUGUAUAUGUUUUGAUCAACUACUAAAA